GAUUUUGAAGUGGGCGUUAUAAACAUAAUUUAUUCCGAAAGUUUGUCUUUUGUAAUUAGCUUAUUAAUUUGGAGUAACACGGAGUGCUUGGCGGAAUAAUUUUUACAAUUGUUCUAUACUAUACCUUGUGUGAUUUAUGCCAAUACGUAACUUGUGCGGAAUGAUGCCUUUGUAGGAAGUGUGUUUCCAUAUUUUUGAGUUUUAAUCAGUGAAGGAACUGCUCGUUACUAUGCAAUUGUUAUGAUGACAAACUUACUUGGUAACCGUGUACGCUCCUGAAAUAAAGAAUGCCGUCCGGUAGUCCGAGUUUAUGUGUGGCCAGCCAUGACGCGGCUGACCGCUCAGUACUAGACAUGAGUGAUGACAUGGAGCGCGGCAGUGGAGGUGACAUGAGACCUCACACUCACGGUGGGUCAUUGACGCCGACGUUGAGUCUGCAAUGUUCCUUUGGGUCCCUGGGAUCCUUGGACAGUGGGCACAGCAGCGAGCUGGGCAUGGGACAGUCAGCCUCAACACCCGACAGCUGCACACCCCCACCCUCCUCUGAUUUCCAACACUCGUCGCCCCGACAACUAGAAAUUAUCGCGUCUUGUGGUGAUGGAGCGACUUCAGUUGGCACUCCACCCUUGCCUACUAAGAACGAUAACACUCCACCCAACUUCUUUGAUUCAUUUAGUAAUGAGGUUCCGGCUAUGGUUACUUGCAGUACGCCAGUUCCUCUGGCUCCUUCGUCUGACGAAGAGGGUACUUCUCCUGACGAAGUCUUGAGAUGUUCAUCGCGAGACUCUGGACGCCCGGUAACGGUCGCUCGCUCUGACUCCAUGGGCUCGAACGCCUCCCGCAAAAGCGACGCGUCUACACUGUCGGCCGUGUCUGCGGUCUCCGCCGUGUCCAACUAUUCGGCGACUACAAAUUUAUCAAGCUUCUCGAACUUCUCGGGAGAUUCCGAAUCGAGCUUCGCUUCAACGCUCUCCCGCAAAUCGGGACUCUCUUCCUUAACUGGUGCUUCUCAGAGCUGUAAUUCAUCUGCAGUGUCUGAUGUAUCUAACUCGUCUAGUUUGUCCGCGACCACGGCAGACUCCAGCCUAACUAUCAGACAACGUAAGACCAAAGCAGAGCUUGAAGCAUCACUCGAGCAACUCGAGUCGUUAUAUUCAAGCGAGGACGACUGGAUCAGAAUCUUUGAUAAUCUCAUCAACAACUCAUUGACUUCGCGACCCAGACGCCGCCACACUCACGCCACGUCGCCGCACUUCGCCCCCUAUCGCAGUGCCCACAGGCGCUCCAUGAGGGCGUCUGACAUCAGAAGUCUUAGUCUUCAGUCAUCUCCGUGCCACACGCACCUCGACCCACAAGAAGACAAGGGCGAUGACGAGACCGACCGCUCAAGUCACACUCUGCCCCGUCGCCCUGCGUACUCCCUGCUACAGAAGAUCAAGUCUGGGAGCGGCAUUGGUGGUGGGGGCAAGUCCAGGGCGAGUUCAGCUCCCCCUGUACGCCGCACCGUCCUGGGGGCGCCUCUUGGGGCUAAGGGAUCCCAAGCUACAGGUGAAGGAGGUGCAGCAGGUGGUGGCAGUAGUGGCAGCUCCACGAGAGGAGGUUUGGUCAAGCGCAACCCCUCGAUGCCAAGAGGACGAGCUGGGUCCUCUAGUGGCACAGCUGCUGGAGGUGUGGACGAGAAUUACUUCCUGAACGCCUUCGACGACGCGCCUAAAGUGAACAUCUUCAGCACACGCGAGCUCGACGAUAUCAUGAACAAGAUACGCGAUACAAUCAACAACCCCAACAACGACUGGGACAAGCGCGUCGACAUGCUGAAGAAGGCUCGCAGCGUGGUGAUGGCGGGCGGCCACAAUUACGAUGAAUUCUACCCUCAACUCCGCCUGCUCGAGCCUGCGUUGUGUCUGUCCAUCAGAGAUCUAAGAUCACAGGUGGUGCGAGAAGCGUGUAUUACAGUAGCGUAUUUAGCUCAGGAGCUACACCACCGAGUGGACCAUCUGUGCGAGAUGGUCUUGCCUCAUCUCAUCGCCCUCAUACCCAACGGUGCUAAGGUGAUGUCGACGUCGGGUACCGUGUGUAUCCGCUUCAUCAUCCAGAACGUGCACCACCCGAAGAUCGUGCCGAUCAUCUUGCGCGAGCUGACGUCGAGCAAGAGUAGAGAGAUACGUAAAGCUUGCUGUGAGUUCCUCGACCACAUCGUGCACACGUGGCCUACGCACGCCCUCGACAGGAACUCCGCCGCCAUAGGAGAAGCCAUCAAGAAGGGCAUCAGUGACGCCGACUCUGAAGCAAGAGCCUUCGCCAGAAAAGCGUAUUGGGGAUACGCGGACCACUUCAAGGAGGAGGCGGACAAGUUACUCAACUCUCUAGACGCGAGCUACAAGAAGAUGUUGCAGGGCGAGAUGAGCGGCUCCAUGAGUGCGUCUAAUUCUUCUCAUUCCAUACAGCAACAGUCAAGCCAACCCGCUAAACCAGCCCUGCCCCCCCGCACCGGCUGGUCCCGCCCUCCCACCUCAUCCACUUCAGAGCAUCAAUUCCCCUCCACAUCCUCCUCCUCCUCUUCAUCCCACCAACAUCAUUUCCUCACAUCGUCUACGUCAAACCCCAUGACAGCGUCAGCCUCAGGACUGCCCACACGUACGGGCAGCUUGCGCCGUACGGGCAUCCCCACCGCAAGUCACCGCCCGCCACCGCCGUUAACGUCCCGCCACCUGCAUUAUGACGCCCCCGACGGCGGCUACAGAACUCCCGCCACUCCCACCACCGGAUUCCGGUCCAACUCCGCCAUCGACGUAAACGCUGCUAGACGUGCGCAGGCGCGAGCUCAGUACGCUAACGCGAACAGGUUCAAGGCUGGAUCUGGAGUGUCUUUGCCGCGUCCCCGCAAGUCCAUGGACCAUCCCCCUCCCCUGAGCAACUCCUCCAUCAUCUCCCCAGAGCGUACGCGUCCCCGGACUCGGGGGACCGUAUCCCAAUCCCAACCUGGUAGUCGCAGCGGUUCUCCUUCAUCUCGCCUGAGUUACGCGACGUACAACUCUUCGCACCACCUGCCACCUCACCAGAACUCUGCAGGUGGCAGCGGUGGCACUCUAGGCCGUACACGUCGCAGGAGUGGCAUCCCUCGCAGCACUGGCACCUCCAGAGAGCCGUCACCUAACCGUGCGGGUCAGUACGCCGGGACAUACGCCCCGUCCUCUGCCACCACACCGAAGGGCAGGACGCGCUCUGUGUCUGGUGCAAGUGGCCUAGAGAUGCCGCCCUCUGGCAAGCCGCGACAAGUCAUCGCCGAGAAAAUCUUGCAGCAGAGCAGGGAAGCUGAGAAUGCCCUAGCCGAUGCCCUUGUGCCUUCUUCCUUGCGGUCACCGAGUCGCAAGUUCUCCAAAGGCUUCGACGAUCAGUCGGAAUGCGACAGCGAAACAUCGAGCGUUUGCUCUGAGCGCUCCUUUGACUCCUAUCGUAGGAACGAACUGUUCUGGCAUGGCUCGCAACAGAGGAUCCUGAAGGAAGUGUGGGACGCGCCUGACAAGAUGUUGGACGUGCCUGAGAUCAUCACGAACUGCGCGUCGACAUAUUGGGGGGAGCGCAAGGAAGGGCUCCUUGCUCUGCACAACUUCCUCAGAGGCUCAGCCAUGCUCACGGGGUCCGAGCUCAAGAAAAUCACCGAGAUAUUUACCAAGAUGUUCAUGGAUGCUCAUACCAAGGUGUUCACGUUAUUCUUGGAGACGCUGAUGCAGCUCAUCUAUGUGCACCGAGCUGACUUGGAGGACUGGCUGUAUGUAUUGUUAACUCGUCUCCUUCACAAGCUCGGCUCCGACUUGCUUGGAUCUGUUCAAGCCAAAAUCCACGAAACGCUCGACUUGGUUAGAUCUUCGUUCCCAUGCGACGCGCAGUUCCAAGUGAUCAUGCGGUUUUUGGUUGACCCCACGCAAACACCCAACAAUAAAGUGAAGCUUUCCAUCCUCACUUACCUGAAAUGUCUGGUGGACGGCAUGGAGAGGUCUGACCUCGCCUCGUCUUCCGACACGCCCGUAGCUCUUGCUAAAAUCCUCACAUGGACCGCAGACCACAAGAGUGUGGAGAUUAGACGUGCUUCUUCCGCUUGUUUUGUGGCCAUGUUCAACUGCAACCAGCUAGAGUUCACCAAUUUACUGCAGCAGCUACCGCCAGCUUGCCAGAGCACCGCCUCACAGAUCAUCCAGAACCACAUCAAGCGAGCUGCUAGCCUCGAUAAAAGCCCUUCUUCCUUGCCCUCACGCACGCCCCCCAGUUCGGGGGGCACCCCCGUCUUGCAGUCCCCCAACACGUCCCUCCCUCGCUCGUCUCGACCCUCUCGCCUCAAUACUCUCGACCUCGAUGACACAGAAAAUCUUAACCCUGAUGAAGUCUACAAGAGUUUGAAACGCACCACGGAUGAGAUUAGGAAUUACAGCUUCGAGCUCGAGAUGAACAACGGCGCUAGCAGAGACAACUUGGAGAAGCAUCGCGACUCCACCUCUCAGGUACAGCGUCAGGAUUCUGGCAUCAGUCAGCUGUCAGCCGGCGGGACGGACCUCCGUAGUUUAGAACUGACGGACGUCGGAGGCUUCGCUGGAGUCGCUGAUGGCGUCACGGGAGCGGCGCAUGGGGCGGACGACAACCUCUCCGGCCGGUCCUCGAAUGCUUCCUCCCCUCUCCACCGACCCUCUGUACCAUCUUUUAGUAGCGCAGCAACUUCCCUCCCUCAUAUCCCUCUAGACGGCCCCCACCACCAUAGGAAUGGUUUACUUUCCUUCAACGAUGAUGAGGUCGACCAUCUGGUUUUAGGUGAAGGCGAGAGCGACAGUGCGGCGAUGGCGAGCGUGAUUCAGGUGCUGCGUGUGGGAGGGGCCACCAGCCCCCCCGUGAGUCGUGUCGACGAGAGGAAGGCGGCACUCACUACCCUUGUUCGGCUCGCGCGCACAGGAAGCACCAUCGUGUGGAACGAUAACUUCAGAUCCGUCCUCAGGCUACUGGUGGAGAACUUGGAGUCCUCAAUCGGUGGUGAGAGGGCGCUUGUGCUCACCGUACUUACUGAGAUGAUGCGGCGCUGUCCUUUGGUCAAUCUAUUCUUGAACUACUCAGAGCUCAUCAUCUUAAGAGUACUCAAAGCGCACGCCGACAAGGAGAAAGAAGUCAUUAGAGCCGCUCAGGUGUGUGCGGGCACUGUGGCUGAAAUACUCCCUCCCGAAGUGGUGAUCAGGGUGCUGAAGCCUCUCAUUCAAAUGGGCGAGUUUCCAGUGAAUCAGUCCGCAAUAAAAAUGCUGAACAAACUCGUCGAGGCGCAUCCACCGGCAAUCGUCGCGCAGGCGUUGCCAGAUAUAAUGCCGGGCCUAGUCAAGGCUUACGACAACAACGAUUCAAGCGUGCGAAAGGCGAGUGUCUUUUGCAUGGUUUCUCUUCACAACUGCGUGGGUGAACAAACUUUGAGACCACACUUGGAGUCGCUCACUGGAUCAAAGCUGAAGCUUCUAAACUUGUACAUCAAACGAGCCGACACUCAAAAUUCAGGCGCGUCUUCACCAAAGUCAGAACCUCAAGUUUGAAGUUGUUGCUUGUUUACCUCGUGAUUAUAUGUUGAUGACGGAGACGUAUACUCUUUGUUGUUAUUAUAUCUCGAUUCAUCGCUCAUCCUUGCUCUGUUCAUAAGUCAUUGGUUACCUGCUAAUUUUGAUAACUGUGGUGAGUGAUGUUGGUGGCUCUUGCAAAAAUUACCUGGCGGAGUUGAAGAUGCAUUUGGCAUUUCGUGAAAUUUCUGUAUUGAUCCGAUGUCGUCUUAAUUACACCGUGAGCACGAAACAAUUUUUCAUGAAUUUAAAAUACAUUUAUUUGAUUGAAAGGUCUCUGUAGAAUUGCAGAAAUUAAAUCAAUUGAGUUGACGCACUUUUCUAUGAUAAGGUUAUAGAAUUGCGAUCGAUGUUUUGUCAACAAAUGGAAAAGUUUGAUUUAUUUUUUUGUUACAGUAGAGAUGUUAAUUUCCUUAAGACGCGUUUUGGCUUUAAUCUCCUGAGCGUCACGCUUGAAGCAGGACACGCUUUUCUUGCUUAGCAGGAAAAAAAAUUAAUUUUCGUUAACUUGCUUAGAGAUUUGUUUCGCGUCUCAUAGACUUGUAUGAUUAUUUCUUUUGAUUGUUAACAAUAAUUGUACGUUUUCCUACUUCCAAACUUGUAGUUAUAAGCUGGGGUUGCCUUCUUGUCAGUUGUGUGUAGAAGAAAGUGUGGUAAGCGAGAAUCUCGUGCAACGAUUACAACCGCCUGGUUGCGUUCGUUCGCGCGUCUUUUCCCCAGGUGCUCAGCAAGCUAUUGCUUCCCUGAAACGAGGUUGUGCUUAGUGAACUAUUGACGUUAUUCAAUACAUUUGUUCGAAGCUAUUCAUCUAAUAUUGAGAUGUUUUGGCUGAAGGUCUUCGAUCUUGGAUUAUUUUUCAUAAUUUUGGCCCCUCAGGGGGGACUUCUGACGCGUGUC